GACUAUUCAAGGUCUGACAUCCAAAUUAGACAGGUUGAAUUUGAGAUUAUUUGCUAUUUCCACAGGUGUGGAGAGAGAUAGCCCCUCAGAUUUUACCCAGCUACCAAGGCAACAAUGCCAGGAAAACCAUUAAUCAAAAUUUGAUAGUGCCUAUUUGCAAUCAAAAAAAGAAAACAAAGAACACCCUGAAUUAUAAAAGCAGGUGAAACAUACCCAAAAGACCUAGUCAGGCACAAUGUUGGCACUCUUGGUUCUCGCCACUGUGGCCCUAGCAUCUGCCCACCAUUCUGGUGAGCACUUUGAAGGUGAGAAAGUGUUCCGUGUCACAGUUGAAGAUGAAAAUCACAUCAGCUUGCUCCAGGAGUUGGCCAGCACCAACCAGAUUGACUUCUGGAAACCAGAUUCUGUCACACAAAUCAAACCUCACAGUACAGUUGACUUCCGUGUUCAAGCAAAUGAUAUUUCCAGCGUGGAAGACUUUCUCAAGCAGAAUGAACUACAAUAUGAGGUAUUGAUAAGCAACCUGAGAUCUAUGCUGGAGGCUCAGUUUGAUAGCCAAGUCCGUGCAACUGGACACAGUUACCUGAAGUACAACAACUGGGAAACGAUAGAGGCUUGGACUCAACAAGUUGCCAGUGAGAAUCCAGAUCUCAUCUCUCGGAGUGUAAUCGGCACCACAUUUGAAGGACGCAAUAUAUACCUCCUCAAGGUGGGCAAACCUGGACCGAAUAAGCCUGCCAUUUUCAUGGACUGUGGUUUUCAUGCCAGAGAGUGGAUUUCCCCAGCAUUUUGCCAGUGGUUUGUGAGAGAGGCUGUCCGCACCUAUGGACGUGAGAUCCACAUGACAGAAUUUCUCGAAAAGUUAGACUUUUAUGUCUUGCCUGUGUUCAAUAUUGAUGGCUACAUCUACACCUGGACGAAGAACCGAAUGUGGAGAAAGACCCGCUCCACACAUGCCGGAACUCAAUGCAUUGGCACAGACCCCAACAGGAAUUUCGAUGCUGGUUGGUGCAAAAAAGGAGCCUCUCAAAAUCCCUGUGAUGAAACUUACUGUGGACCUGCUGCAGAGUCUGAGAAAGAGACCAAGGCCCUGGCGAAUUUCAUCCGCAGCAACCUGUCUUCCAUCAAAGCAUAUCUGACCAUCCACUCCUACUCCCAGAUGAUGCUUUAUCCUUACUCCUAUGAUUACAAACUCACAGAGAACAAUGCUGAGCUGAAUGCCCUGGCUAAAGCUACUGUGAAAGAACUGGCCACACUGCAUGGCACCAAGUACACAUAUGGCCCAGGAGCUACCACAAUCUAUCCUGCUGCUGGAGGCUCUGACGACUGGGCUUAUGACCAAGGAAUCAAAUAUUCCUUCACCUUUGAACUCCGGGACAAAGGCAGAUAUGGCUUUACCCUUCCUGAAUCCCAGAUCCGGCCAACCUGUGAGGAGAUGAUGCUGGCCCUCAAGCACAUUACCAGCUACGUCCUGGAGCAUCUAUACUAGUCAAGCAUGAGGAGAACCUUAGUUCAAAAUGCUCACUCUUUCUUUUUUGUCCUGAAUUAUAAUUUCUGUUUGCCUAAAUACUUCCAGAUUCCAAUCCUUCUUGUAAGCUUCUGGGUCUAUUAAAUUACUUGGAUCUUUUAAUGUU